AGCACCUUUGCUCAGAUUCAACGUAGCUUGCCGCGGCGACUCUCCGCGCGGAUCCGCGCCAUGUCUCGCCUCGCCGCAGCCCUUCUCUCCCUCCCAGCUCUGGAGGCUCUGAAGGUGACCAAAGUGGAGAGCGGGGAGUGGGAGCCCGUGCUGAAGAUCGCCCAGACCACCACCCUAGGCUUCAGCUCCGCCUACUGGUCCAACGAUGACCUACUAAACGCCGCCUCCCCGCUGACGGAGGAGGUGGACGCCAAGUACGGCGGCUACCUGACGAUGUCCUUCAAACAGAUCAAAAUGUGUGUGGGGCAGCCGGAUACCAACUGCGUCACGCACACUUUCGAGAAGGAGUACCAGAGCGCCAAGGAGCUCUUCACUUCUGGCUACAUCCGCGACUCCACCGUGGAUCGCGAUGGCAUCUUGAAAAUCUUUGGCCCAACGGCAGGAUCGUACCAGGACUGUCCCAUGCAGAGACCCGGCUUCAACAUCCAGUGCAAUGAUGGGAACAAGGCUCGCUGGGGAUUUUGCCUGAACUGCGCCAGCCAGGGAUGCCAGAACGAUGAUAGCAACGAUGCGGAUGCGGCCAUUGGCAUUGGACUGGCUGGUCAAUCAACACCCACCGAGAUGGGAGCAGGCUGGACCAACUACUUUGCAUCUGGAGCUGGCACUUGCAGCGCGAACAGCAUGACCCACAAGAGUGUGUGGGUGUUUGUUCUGAGCAAUGUGCUGGCCUCAAAGCCUUUCACACGCACCCAGCAUACUUGGUCCACCGUCAUGAAGAUUGGAAAGACCACGACGCUGGGAUUCAGCUCUGCGUACUGGGAGAAUGACCAAUUGCUCAACGAGAACACCGAUGUCACUGUGGAGGGUGAUGGUAAGUACUCCAGCUACUUGUCGCAAGCCUUCAAGACGAUCCGCAUGUGCGUGGGCAGCCCCGACUCAGGCUGCGUCACUCACACCUUUGGCAAGGAGUACAAGAGCGCCAAGGAGCUUUUCACGUCCGGCUACAUCCGUGACACUGCCGUGGAUCGGGAUGGCAUCUUGAAGACGUUUGGCCCAACUGCGGAUUCAUACCAGAACUGUCCCAUGCAGAGACCCGGCUUCAACAUCCAGUGCAAUGAUGGGAACAAGGCUCGCUGGGGAUUUUGCCUGAACUGCGCCAGCCAGGGAUGCCAGAACGAUGAUAGCAACGAUGCGGAUGCGGCCAUUGGCAUCGGCCUGGCCGGUCAAUCAACACCCACCGAGAUGGGAGCAGGCUGGACCAACUACUUUGCAUCUGGAGCUGGCACCUGCAGCGCGAACAGCAUGACCCACAAGAGCGUGUGGGUCUCCGUGGCGGUGCCGGGCAGCGAGCAGGUCUUUGCGGGGAGCGACCUGCAGAUGGCCGGCAACUACGUGACGGUGGUGGGCAGUGAGAAGGCCACCUUCUUGUCGGAGUGCUCGCAGAAGCUCUCCCCGGCCAAGUGCGUGGAGGUGUUGCCUGGGACGAAAAGCUUCACUUUGAGAGUGGAGGCGACCAGUCAGGAGGCGCUGAAGAACGCGGUGACGGACCUGCAGAACCGGGGCGUGGACCUGCCGUCCUUCAAGCGGGCCAGCGCCUUGCCCUCCAAAUGUGUCGGCACCAAGGCGCGACACACAUCCGGCAGCAGAAAUUAG